AUGGACCUCCGCGACCCAAACAUCAUCGAGGACACCGACCGUGUCGACGGAAGCGGUACCUCAACCAGCGUCACGACAGACACCAAAACGGACCUCGACCAGAAUGUAGAAAAGAUCGUGGGCAGCAUCUCGAGCUGGUUCACUGGCUUUGCCAAAAAGUCGCAGGACACAAUCAUUCAAGCGAGAAAGGAGAUGGAGGAUCGAGGUGGCAUCGUCAAUUACGCAAAGAGCGAGUACGCCAAGCUUGAAUCUUCGUUGGAAGAAGCCCAGAAGAACGCCGACGACAACUUGUCAACGCUGCCUGCGACCUCGGUCGAGGAUGCUUUCCUUCAUUCUGAGAAGGAAACUUCAAAAGGAAAAGGCAAGGAGAGGGUCGUCAAUGAUCAAGAUGCACCAGCGACGGCGGCAGACAGCGGCGACACGGCGCACACGGGACCCACUCUUGGCGCUUCAGUCACAUCCCUCUUCUCCAAGAUCACCUCUGAUCCUCGCAUCGCAUCAUUGCAGCAAUCUUUGACCUCGACACUCCAAUCUGUGUCAUCGCCGACGAGCACUGGGACAGAAAAAGAUGCUGAUGGCACCGAGAGGACGACAGGACCAACACCGAUCAACCUCCAAGAAUCGCUCUCGAAGCUCUCGCUGACCAUCCAGUCGCACUUGCCGCAUCUCGAUCUCAAAGAGUCGCAGCAGCUGGCCACAAAGUAUCUGCACGCAACCGAGAACUAUGCGCGCGAGAUCCAGUCCGACAUGAAGGACUUUGUUGGCGAGCUGGUCCGCAUCGUACCGCCAGAAGGCGAAGCGGCCCAGCCAGGCACGGCAACAGCUCUGGCACCCAAGCCUAUCAGCAAGGACACAAGCACAAGCACAACCGAGUCCAGUGCUCAGCAAGACGCCAAGGCAACCACACCUGCCACAACGGAGUCUUCAGCGCUCGCUGCCAGCGAUCUCAAGAGUCCGUCUGCCGAAAGCGAAGAGGACUUUGCAUGGGACGGCGAGGACGACGAAGCUGCUGCCGCCGCCGCCAAGCCCGAGGCCACCACGCCAUCGACCGCUAAGGCAGCCGCUCCGGCUCCCGAUACCACGGUUGCCGCUGGACAAGACAAGAAGCCCACUCAGAGCAAGACGGAGGAUUCGGACGAAGAUUCCGAUUGGGAGUAG